GUUGGAAUAGAUGAGGAAUCACCGGAAUGAGUCGCAGAAAUCAAAAGAGAAGUAAGUUUGUCACUCAUGUUCUUAUCAAAAUCACUCUCUCGCUGUUUCUCCCAAAGCUCCCUAACCGAUCAAAUUCUGGCCGCAAUCAUUCAGAACCGGCCAUUAGACACCACCCUCCUCCUCGCUUCACCUACUCGACCCAUUUGGACUACAGAAACGGUCUCUGAGGUCCUGCGCUCCAUACCCAGAUUCCUCUUCCGGUCACCCAGAUCCAUCGGCCGCCAGAAUGGCUUUCGGCAUCGCUCCCCUUUGAGACAGAGAAGUCUCAGAGAAGAAUCCGACCAGGCGCGCCAUGGGAAGCUCAUUCUUGGCCCUGCUGCUUAUAGAGACCCUGAAAAAGUGCAGCUUGGUCUGGAAAAAGCACACGAAUUUUUCGAUUGGGUCGAAACCCAUGCCGGAUUCACCCACAACGAGCUUACUUGCAGAGAGAUGGCUAUCGUUCUUGCCAAGGGAAGCGGUGUCCUGAAACAGAUUAUCCAAUUCCUGAAGAGAAUGUCAAAGAGAGGGCUUGUCACCACACCCACCAUAACCUGUUUGAUAAAAGUCCUAGGAGAAGAAGGGUUGGUAAAUGAAGCACUUUUCACCUUUUACCGUAUGAAACAGUUCCACUGCAGACCAGAUGUCCACGCGUACAACACUCUCAUAUAUGCUCUCUGCAGAGUUGGUAACUUCAAGAAAGCCAAGAUUUUACUUGACCAAAUGGAGCUGCCAGGGUUUAACUGCCCGCCUGACAAAUUCACAUACACAGUCCUCAUAAGCUCUUACUGCAGGCAUGCAAUGAUAACUGGAUGCAUAAAAGCCAUCCGGAAGAGAAUGUGGGAAGCAAACCACUUUUUUCGUCUCAUGCUGUUCAAGGGUUUCCUCCCAGAUGUAGUGACGUACAACAGUUUGAUCAACGGCUGCUGUAAAACAUUCCGGAUUGAAAGGGCUUUGGAGCUGUUUAAUGACAUGGAGAAGAGGGGUUGUAAACCGAACCGAGUCACCUAUAAUUCUUUCAUUAGAUAUUACAGCGCUGUGAAUGACAUUGAAAAGGGUAUCGAAAUGAUGAGAAGAAUGGAGGCUGGAGGUAAUGGUGUGUUGACCAAUAGUUGUUACACGCCUUUAAUCCAUGCUCUGUGUGAAGGCGGAAGGGCGAUGGAGGCGUGGGGAUUGGUGGUUGAGUUGGUCGAAGGGGGGUCAAUCCCAAGGGAGUAUACUUAUUGUCUGGUUCGCAAGGGAUUAGAAUCGGAAGGGAGAAUAGAUGUUUUGGAUGGUGAAGUAUGUACUAGGAUUGAAGAAGGUAUAAAGAGCAGAGUCUGUCAAGCAGAGAGACAUAAGCCUCUGUUUAGCCGCAAACACGCAACACCAUUGUAAUAUUUGUUCUAUUUCUGAAACCUUCCGAAGUGCAUAGUUUUGGGUAUAAUUUUUAUCUAUGAUGAGAAGGAAAAUGCAAACAAAUGAAACAAACAGUUCUUUUUCUCUUCUUCUCCACUUCACCAGCUACCUCUACAAAGACUUGUAGCUCCAUUGAUAGCUGCCAUGACUUUAAUGCUUGUACAAUGUAAAUAGUGAGAAUGUGAGAUAAUAUAAUAUACCAGAGUUAACUUAAAUUAAUCCAAAAAGUCAUUUAAUUUUCAC